UGCGGUCCCAGGAGUUUUUAGCCCCGCCCCUGUCCCUUGCCCUGCCCUGUUGCUGUUGUGCCGACGCCGGCUGCUACCCCCGGACGCCCACCAUGGAAGAAACCGUAGAAGAUCCCCCCACAUCCGCUGUCUUGCUGGAUCAUUGUCAUUUCUCUCAGGUCAUCUUUAACAGCGUGGAGAAGUUCUACGUCCCUGGAGGGGACGUCACAUGCUAUUAUACACUCACCCAACAGUUCAUUCCCCGUCGAAAGGAUUGGAUUGGCAUCUUUAGAGUGGGUUGGAAGACGACCCGGGAGUAUUACACCUUCAUGUGGGUUUCUUUGCCUGUUGACCUAAACAGCGACUCAGCCAAACAGCAGGAGGUCCAGUUCAAAGCUUAUUACCUGCCCAAGGAUGAUGAGUAUUACCAGUUCUGCUAUGUGGAUCAGGACGGCGUGGUCCGGGGAGCAAGUAUCCCUUUCCAGUUCCGUCCGGAAAAUGAAGAGGACAUCCUGGUUGUUACCACUCAGGGUGAGGUAGAGGAAAUCGAGCAGCGCAAUAAGGAGCUUUGCAAAGAAAACCAGGAGCUGAAGGACACCUGUGUCAGCCUCCAGAAGCAGAACUCAGACACGCAGGCUGAGCUCCACAAGACGCAGGAGGAGCUAGAAAUUCUAAAGAGCACCGCUCAGAAGCUGGAACAGGAAGCGAAGGCACAGAAGGACGGCUGGGAGACGGAGCUGCUUCAACUGAAAGAACAAAACCAGAAGAUGUCCUCAGAAAACGAGAAGAUGGGAGUCAGGGUGGAGCAGCUCCAGGCCCAGCUGUCAACUCGAGAGAAGGAAAUGGAGAAGCUCGUUCAGGGAGAUCAAGAUAAGACAGAGCAGUUGGAGCGACUGAACAAGGAAAACAGCCAGCUUCUUCUCACUCUAACCCAGCAGAAGGAGCGCCAGAAGAAGCUGGAGCAGACAGUAGAGGAGAUGCUGAAGCAGGAAGAAACAACCACCCUGAAGAAACAGCAAGCGUUAAAGGAGCCUAGGAACAAGACAACGGCAGUGGAGGAGCAGUUAGUACAAGAGGUGGAGCGCCUCCAGGCAAAGGAAGUGAAGCAGGACCAGAAGAGCCAGCAAGAGCCCAUGGGGAUGGGGAGCCAGGAGCCAGCAGACGAGAACGCUGGCCUGUCAAGAAAACUGAGUGAGAACAAGAUUAUAUAUGAUGCUCUGCAGAAAGAGAAAGAGAGAUUGGAAAGAGAAAAUGAUCUUUUGAAGAGGGAGAACAGCAGACUGCUGAGUUACAUGGGUCUGGAUUUUGACUCCUUGCCAUACCAAGUGCCAACUUCAGAUCAAGGAGGUGCAGGACAAAACCCGGCCCUUGUCUAUGGAAACCCCUAUUCCGGUAUCCAGGAAAGUUCUGCCCCAAGCCUGCUCGCCGUCAAGAAGUGCCCCACCUGCAAAUCCGACUUCGCUGGCGACAUUCUUGAUUUCACCUCGGAGCAGCAACACCCACAGCCCCUCUGUUUGAGUUGUCCGAUUUGUGACAAGACCUUCCCAGCAAAAGAGAAGCAGAUCUUCGAAGACCAUGUGUUCUGCCACAGUCUCUAAGUGUUCCGGCCUCUUGGAUCUAUACCGUACAUAGAUUUUGAUAGAGUAGAACCUAUAGCUUCUACUUGGAGUUAUGACCCAAGACCCUGCCUAACGUGAAAUUACUAGGGAUUUACUCAGUCCUGCUGCCCUAAGGGUGGAGUCAUGCUGAUUAUGUGGUGAGGGCUGUUACUUCCAUCCUUGUGGGUUACUACUACCUUUUAAAUCCCAUAACUAGCCGUGGCCUGCUCUCCCCUCUGGUGCCCAGCCUUCCGAGGGUCUCCAGCACAAGGGCCCUGGGACGGAACUGACCGGCUUGACUCGAGUACUAAGUGAUUCAUUUUCCAAGUUGUCCCAGCGCCCUUCAAGGUCAGGCCUCGAGUGGUUUUGCACUCAGUUCUGAGUCUUAAGCCUGCGGCUGGUGAUUGAGCAGAGGUUGAGAAUUUCUUCCUCCUCCUCCUCCUCCUCCUCCUCCUCAGGUCCCUUCCUCCCACUGACGGCAUUAAACUGGGCAAAAAUGUCACUGCAGAGAACUCGGUCAUCCAAUUUGGAGACCAAAGGUUUCACAGCUCCCAGCAGAAGCAUCUUAUUCCUGAACCCUGGACACAAAAUAUUAUUUCAAUCACAGGCCUUCUUUCUCUCUGGAUACCUCUGUUUGGCAUUUUCUACUCUUCGAUCUUUCCUAUGCACGUUAACUUUUAUUGUUGUAAGUCCUUUCGUGAUGAUUAGUAGGACCUGUUAGAAACUGGGUUUGCAACUUUCUGAGCAGGUGAGUUUUGAAUAUGGAGAAGUCAGAAUAAUGAGAGCUAUUAAUCUCUUUAAUACUAAAAAUAAACUAGUCCUCUGUUUCAGGGACGUGGGUAACUUCAAUUUGGUAA